AUGGCCAUUGCAAUCGCAGCAGCAGCCGGCGCUGUUUAUGUCGAGCGCUCCCAACUGAACACUGUCAAGGAGAUGAUGAUAUCGGAGAUGCAGUGUUUGGAGGUCAAGCUCGCGGCUGCGGAGAAGACGCUCAGCAAGGACAUUGAGAUACUGAAGCGUGAUGUGCAGGAACUGAAGGGUGGUGUGAAGGCAAUUCUCAAGAACCUCGACGCCAAGGGCAAGUGA